CACCAAUAUCAUAUUAUUUCUUAUUAGAAUACUACUAAAAGAACAGUAUCUUAAGUUCCGGUGCUAUUAUAUCUUUGUAAUUAAAAAUCACAGUAUACCUGUAAUUUCACACUACUUCAUCUCACUAAUGGUGUUCUUGCGCCCCCCUUUUCUGGUUAAACUUGAAUAUGGUAUCUUCAGUAGUCGAAGUAUCAUCUCAUACCCCUUGGGUGUCAGUUAAUGAGGAUAAGUGGGAGGAAGAAGAGCAGUGCGGCAACGAGGAUCAGGCAGAAUUUGAACGUCGCUUUAAAGAAGCUUCUAAAAUAUCUAGGCCCCCUACUAUUGAUCUCACCGAAGAGCAGGGAGAAGAAAUCGACCGAGUAGAGCUAGCUUUCGAGGAGAAGUUGGAGCCUGAGGUUGCUAAGGUCAUUGAAGUCAUCGAUCUAACCACAGGGAAUGUACGGCGAAGACCACGCAAGGUGACCAGUCCGCCGAAAAGAAACUCUUCCAUAAGCUUGCCAGACAGGUGCCUAGAUAGCUACAGCUAUAAUGGCCUAGAACUCAAGCCUGGAGGGGCGAUCGAGAUGAUCCCAAUUCCACAUCUCCGGCAUGCUUCAUUCCUGCUCAUUCAACUAAUCAUCCACACGGAAUCCGGUGUCAUACUUCGGGGGCUCCCACUUACUCGUACAAGGAAUUUACGGGGACAGUUGCCGCGACUUCGCAAUGAGGUUGCAUUGGUCCUUGAGAUUGAUAGGGACGACCUCAGACCCUACAGAGAGCAAGCUGCCAUCGAGAUCCCCUUGCGUGCGAUCAUCAAGCAUAGAGUCUGCCUCAUCACCAACAAGCCUUUUCCAGAGCAUCGCUUUGCUAGCAAGAUCUACGAGAGUAUUCAGGAUGUCGAAGAUAGAGGGGUUCUAAUCUGCCGUUGGAAGGUUAGAUAUGUCUGGGGAGAUGCUGCUAAGCGCUGCAACAAGAAGCCGCCUAAUGAGUUUUCUAUAUCGCGCAUGAUCUCCGAGGAAGUCCAUAAAGAGAGGUAUCGUACUUCUGAUUCAUACCUGAUGAACGCAUGGCGGGGUGGGAAAGUCCGCGGAGGUUCCUACAUCCCGGACGAACCAGAUAGCUCGCGCCUAAUGGUCAACGUCGACGACUCUGAAAAUCAAGAUGACACGAAAGGGGACGAUUGGAUACCGAGGAAGCCUGGCCAACAGUACACUUUCGCCGACAUGUUCUGCGGUGCCGGAGGAGCGUCCUGUGGCGCCAAGAAAGCCGGUUUGCGUAUCAUGCUAAGCGUCGAUAACGCGCAGGGGGCGUGUAAUACAUACCGCAUGAUGUAUCCGGAAGCAGAUUUACGCCAGCAAGACAUGUAUGACUUCAUAAUUGAGAUGAGGCAUUCUCAUCUUCAUGUCGACGUGCUUCAUCUCUCGCCGCCAUGUCAGUAUUGGUCUCCAGCCCACACAACCCCCGGUGUCGACGACGACGCCAAUAUUGCCAUCUUGUUUGCUUGUCACGAGCUAGUUAAGAUUCUACGCCCACGGGUAUUUACUGUAGAGCAGACAUUCGGCAUUCUCCAUCCAAGGUUCGAAUAUUACUUCAACUCUUUAAUCCAAGGGUUCACGCGACACGACUAUUCCAUUAGCUGGAAAGUGGUCAAUUUGCUGACUUGGGGCGCACCGUCGCAACGUAACCGUUUGAUCAUGAUAGGUGCUUGUAUAGGGGAAGGGCUACCCCCUUUUCCGGUCCAGACACAUUCAGAAGAACCAGUGGAGGGAGACGGAACAAAGCCGUACAGAACAGUUCAGCAAAUGCUCCAGACAAUCCCUCGUAGCGCUAGAAGGGAUGACGAGCUCCACAGUCCAGACAAAAUGAAGCGCUAUCUAAGACCACGAUGGGAUCCUAAAGUACCUCUCCUUCGUACUAUAACCUGUAGCGGCGGUGUAGGCAAUUACCACUAUACUGGAUUGAGAGAUUUUACGCUUCGAGAGUAUGCAGUGUUGCAGGGCUUCCCCCCAGACUACGAUUUCCGGAAGCCAUCACAGAAGAGGCAGAUCGGAAACGCAUUCCCACCCCUUGUUGUCAAGCAGCUCUACAAGCACCUCCGAAGGUGGCUAGAGCAGAAGGACCGCGUGCAUGCUGACAACGGCGAGCUUUCGGGGUCCGAAGAUGAGGAAUAUAAGACCGAUUCUGAUGCAGCUAACCGCGAGCUGGAAAGUGACGAUGACGAUUUGCAGUAUCUUGGUGAGCGAGGAAUCGAUAGACAAUUAAGCCUAAGCGAGGUGGAGUUCCUGGGAGGACGAAAGCUGACUCAACAAGCCAGUAUCCUGACUAUUAACUCGGAAUCAGAGGAUGGUAUGGAAAUCGACGCAAUGAGCCAAGAUGUUCUUAGCCCGAGCACUUGUAUUGACGUGGCCCAGACAAAAGGGGGAGGUCGCGAUAGUCCCAUCGAGCUUGACUGAAGUUGAGGGGUAUUCUUUCUACUCAGUUCGUGAGCGUAGCUUUAGACCUGGGUAAGGGGCAUCGGACGUAGCCAUCUCCAGGGGAUGUUUCCUGGAAUAAAAGGGCUGGUAGAAAACGGGAGGCAUGGUUUAGACAUGUUGUAAGAUGAUUAUAGAGGUAAGGCUUCUGAUCCUAGAACAACUGACGCCACAAUAGCUUCGUUGUUCUAACUUGCACAAGC